AUGAGCUCCCAAAUUCGCCAAAAUUAUUCCACCGAGGUGGAGGCUGCUGUCAACUGCUUGGCCAACCUGCAUUUAUGGGCCUCCUACAUCUACAUCUCUCUGGGUUUCUAUUUCAACUGGGACAUUGUGGCUCAGCUGGGCAUAGGCUUAUUCUUCCGAGAGUUAGCUGAGGGGAAGUGUGAGGACUCUGAGUGUUUCAUAAAGCUGAAAAAGCAGUGUGGUGGCUGCAUUCUUCUCUAGGACAUGGCGAAGCCUUCCUAAGAUGAGUGGAGUAAAACUCAGGACAUCAUGGAAGCAGUCUUGGCCUUGGAGAAGACCCUGAACCAGGCCCUUUUAGAUCUGCAUACCCUGGCUCCUACCCACAGAGAUCCUCAUCUCUGUGACUUCCUGGAGAACCAUUUCCUGGAUGAAGAAGUGAAACUCCUCAAGAAGAUGAGCAACCACCUGACUAACAUCCACAGGCUGGGUGAUCCCCAGACUGGAAGGUAUGAGUACCUCUUUGAAAGGCUCACCCUUAAGCAUGGCUAG